CAGGGCCACUGCGUAAACAUUUCGCAUUCCUUGAAUCCUUGUCCAAUGUCCUCCCUGCAUGGGCUGAACGGUAGCUGCUACAGUAGCCUUGCAAUGCCAUACCUUAUCGCACAUUGCAUGCAGGGCGGCUACCUAUAUUGAGAUAAUAGGUAGAAGGAGCUGGUAAGUCUAUUGAAGAUUGAACGCCGGUGGUUGGUGCAGAAGCGAAGGGCUGGCCAAAGAAAGCUAGAGGAAAGGAAGGGCUGGCUUAGAAAAGCUAAAGCAAAGACAUUGCCGGCAGCUGCCUUGCAUCAGGACGAUGUUUUCUGCUGGCGGGGGCGGGUGUGAGGAAGCAUAUGGCUUCCUCCCGUGUUCAAACAGCCUUGCAGGCAGCGUCUCGCUAAUUGUAGCUUAUGGUUACAUCCUCCUCCAGGGGGCCAAUCUGAUCUCAGAUGGGAGCGAGCUGCUGCUUGAGGUUCUGAACCCUGGCCUCAUCGGAGGUCUCCUGCUGCCAAUCCUGGGAGCUCUGCCAGACUGUGCUAUCAUUCUGAUGUCUGGCAUCGGGGGCACCGUAGAGGAGGCCCAGGAACAAGUUGCUGUGGGGGUGGGGACACUCGCAGGAUCCACCAUCAUGCUGUGCACGAUCGCCUGGGGGGGUUCACUCAUAGCAGGGCGUUGUGACAUCGGCGAGAACGGGCUCGCUAUUAACAGGAAGCUCACUAAGGGUUGGAGCCUGACGGAGACUGGGGUGUCAACGGACGUCGAGACUCCCCGGAACGCCAUCAUAAUGCUGGGAACCGUCUUCCUGUACCUAGUUGUGCAAGUCCCCGCCGUAUUCGGCCACAACCGCGAUCCGAUCGUUGAUCUGGUUGGCCUCGUCCUCGCAACGCUCACCCUCGCGGCGUACUGCGUCUACCAGGUCCUGGUUCCUGAGCUCCAGAAGCGGCGCAUCCGUUUCGCGCGCCAGAACUUCCUGCGCCGGUAUGCCGUGGGUCACGUCCACAAGCUAGCAGGUAGCACCGGCAAGGACUUGUACGACGCAAAUGGCAACAUCAAUCCUCUUGUGCUCAAGGAUAUUUUCCGUAUCAUCGACAGAAAUGGGGACGGGGAGAUCGACGCUGAUGAGAUCAAGGCCAUGGUCACCGGAAUGUCGCUGUCCGCCAAGAACUACCAGGUCGAGGAAAGUGACGUGGACUACUGGAUGAACCAGUUCGACGAGGACAAGGGCGGCAGCAUUGGCGAGGAAGAGUUCGUCAAGGGCAUGUCCCGCUGGGCCAGCGCCGUGACGCCCAACCGCACCACCAGCCAGGCGGACCUCGACCUGGAGCAGGCGCUCCUGCCCAACGGCGCCGGGGCGGAUGACGACGACGAUGACGACAGCGACGAGCAGAAGGAGCCGCCCAGCAAGCAGGCCAUUGCGCUGAAAGCCACGAUGCUGCUCGUGCUUGGGACGGCGCUCAUUGGAGUCUUCUCCGACCCCCUGGUCGACUCGAUCACCAUCUUCUCCCGCGAGUCCUCCAUCCCGCCGUUCUUCGUCUCGUUCGUCGUGACCCCCUUCGCAUCCAACGCAAGCGAGCUGGUGUCGUCCCUCCUCAUCGCCUCUAAGAAGCAGUCCAAGAAGAUCUCCCUCACCUUUGCGCAGGUGUACGGAGCGGUGACCAUGAACAACUCCCUGGCGCUCGGCGUCUUCUUGGCGCUGGUCUUCUUCCGGGGCCUCAUGUGGGACUUCUCGUCCGAGGUGACCGUCAUCAUGGUGACUGUGCUCAGCCUCGGCAUCAUGGGCUCUCAGGCACGUACGCUCAAGCUGUGGCACGCUUUCGUCAUGUUGGCCUUCUAUCCUCUGUCGAUUGGGCUCGUGGCUUUCCUAGAUUACGGCCUGGGUUGGCACUAGGGCUGCUAAAUCAAGUAACGCAUUCACCUUUUUGGAGCGUCGUUUACAUUGUUGUUGCGUUUGAGAUGGAUUGCGCACGGGGUUGCCAAGUGCAUAUGCGGCAGUGUCGGCACAUUGUGCUGGUAAUGUUGACGAGCUUUUGUCCAAAGCUCAAAAAAACACCAAAAAGGUUCCCAGGCAGAAGCUCGAUAAAGGUGUGUAUUUAGUCUGGUUAAAUGUUCCUGAAAGUUUUUCAAUAAAGUGUCGGUAGGGGCAAUGGACCAUCUCAUGUGGGAGUUAGUAGAAGAAACUUUUUGCGACGCCCCACGUUAAGUGAGCUGUUAGGCUAAACCAAUCCUUUGAAAGGAUGGGAGUUGCGUUAUGAACCACCUUACUUCAGCAGAUGACCAUUUGCAAGCUUGAUAAUCAGCUUGCAAGUUUUCAGAGUUGACCAUCGGUAGGUCGGAACGGCCUACUUCCUCUAAAAGAACAAUUUAUUAUUUAUUUCGGCAAGUUAUUUUCACCAA